AUGUCGCGGAUGAUGAUCAAUGGACGAGCGCUGGCGCGUAUCGGGUUGCUGGUCUCCCUAGUCGGGUUGAUCCUGAUCUGGGCAUAUCCACGCCGUCACGAUCUUCAAGAUACGCUGUCCUACUCUACGCGGCCGCUCUGGGACACGACUGGCAAAGCUGAAGCACCAAAUCACAUCAUUCCGCAUCUUCAAGCAGAUGGCGUGGCAGCUGAUGACGCCGCAGCUUGCGCCAGACAUGGCUGGGUGACUAGAGAGCACGACGUCAAGUUGGUGGAUGCCUUCUUGAUCUCUACAGAGGUGGAGCUGCUGGAGGCCAGACUGAGGGAGCUGGAGGAUGUGGUCGACAAGUUUGUCAUUGUGGAGAGCGAUUACACAUUGAUGGGGCAGCCAAAGGUGAGUGACAAACGUGUACGGCGGCGAAAUUGCGUCACAGCGAUUCCGCCCAAAUGAACAACCGCACAUGCCACCACUUUGAUGCUGACAUAUCCGGCGCUGGGCAUGCUGAAGAACAUGACAUUCCAGCAGAAUUGGCCCAGAUGGUCAAAAUGGAGCUCAAAGAUCGUGUAUCAAGCAUACAAGGGCAGAGCGAUGAAUGCCGGCGAUGGUCCAUUCACGCUGGUAAACGAGAUGAGGUUGGGCGUGUCCAACUUGCUGUGAGUCGCUAUAGCGCGUCUUUCUUUCUCAGCUCUAAGCACUUCUGUCUGACGCUUUGGCACUCGCGUCGUCGGCUAUCGUGCAGCCGAGGCAUGUCGCUUUCCGCGGCUGAUCUGGUCCUCAUGUCAGAUAUUGACGAGAUACCAUCCCGUUCAGCCUUGCAGCUUCUGAAGGCUUGCCAAGCGCCGAGUCCGAUUCAUCUUCAACUGCGACCUUACACCUACAGCUUCGAGUGGGAAGCGGGAGAGGCUAGCUGGAGAGCUUCCUUGCACCAGUGGGGAGCGUCUGGGAACUUCUACGGUCACGGAAAGAGGUCGGACGUCAUGCUCGCUGAUGCUGGCUGGCACUGCAGGUGAGUGGCAGGACACGACCAAUUCGCGAGCGCAGUAGCGAUGGGCACUCGUGUCCGGCUGACCGACGCAUCUCGGUGAUUUCUCCUCACAGCUGGUGUUUUGCUACGCUGGAAGAAUUCGUCCAAAAGAUGAAAGGCGCAUCGCAUGCCGAUCGCUUGUACCACAGACUCCACUGGCAGCAGUACCUCUCUCACGAGCGCAUACAAUCUAAGAUCUGCAAAGGCGAAGAUCUGUUCGACAUGUAAGUUGAUAGAUUAACCGCAAGCGGUCUUUCGUUUGCAAUUCGAGCUGACUGUUCGAACGACCAUCCACUUCGCCGCAGGUUACCAGAAACUUAUUCAUGGUCGGAGCUAAUCGAACACUGGCGAGGCUCAACGCGAACCCCGAGCGCCGUUGGCCUACCCCGGGCAGUCAUCCAAGACGCCGAAAAGUUCAAAUUCCUCUUGCCAGGUGGAUGCAAGAGGCAGGCAAGAUAG